CAAAAUCAGCAUAAACAAUCAUCACAUAUAAUUUUCCUUUCUUCCUCCGUUUCCGGGCAAAGUCGCACACCCAUUUAUAUUCCUUUCCUUUUCAAACUCUCAUACUUUCCUUGAGAAGUCCCUCUUCAAUGGCGAUCAUGUUAUAACCCUUCAACAUCUAGAGAUUCCCAUCAAAAAUUAAACAGGAGCAUAAAUAGAAAGUGCACUAAACCAAAAAAUACAACCAAGCAAAAAAAUGGAUACAGAGCUCAAAUCUCUCAACCAAAACCAAAAUCAAAACGAAAACGAAAACCAUCCCAAGCAAUAUCAGCAAGAACCAAUCGACAAUGGUGAUCUGCCGCUCCUGAAAUCCGACUCAUCACCAUCUGAUUAUCAACGCACCAAUCAAAUCCCGGAAGAAAAACACUUUACUGCCGAGGAAUUUGAGGAUAUCGAGAAAAAGUUCGCUGCCUACGUUCGGCACGACAUUUAUGGCCCAAUGGGUCGCGGGCAGCUGCCGAUGGCGGAAAAAUUUUUGUUGUUUCUCGCAAUGUUUACGCUCCUGCCACUCCGUAUUUUUAUUGGGAUGAGCAUUCUUGUUUUUUACUACAUAAUUUGUAGGAUUUGUACUCUUUUUUCGUCGCCGUAUCGUUUGGAUGAAGGCGACGAUCCUCAGCAGCAGCAGCAGCAGCAGCACGAGGACUACUCUCACCUAGGGGGCUGGAGGAGACAGAUUAUUGUUUGUUGUGGGAGGUUCUUGUCUAGGGCUCUCUUGUUCACUCUAGGGUUUUAUUGGAUUUCUCAAACAUCCAGGAUUCAGAGUGAUAGCAGAGAUCAAUUAGAGAACUCUGAAAGGCCUGGAGUAGUCAUAUCAAACCACAUCUCUUAUUUGGAUAUCUUGUACCACAUGUCGACUUCAUUUCCAAGCUUCGUUGCCAAGAGAUCAGUGGGUAAACUUCCUCUUGUUGGCCUCAUCAGCAAGUGCCUUGGUUGUGUCUAUGUGCAGCGGGAAGAUAAAUCGUCAGACUUUAAAGGUGUUUCAGGAGUUGUGACAGAAAGAAUCAAAGAAGCGCAUGACAUUAGUGAUGCUCCAUUGAUGUUGAUUUUUCCAGAGGGGACAACUACAAAUGGGAACUUUCUUCUUCCUUUCAAAACUGGUGCUUUCCUUGCAGGAGCUCCUGUUCUUCCUGUGAUCCUUAGAUAUCCGUAUCAAAGAUUCAGUCCUGCCUGGGAUUCGAUAUCUGGAGUAAGGCAUGUAAUUUUACUCCUAUGUCAAUUUGUAAACUUUAUGGAGGUAGUGAGGUUGCCUAUCUACUAUCCCUCAAAAGAAGAGAAGGAUGAUCCCAAACUCUAUGCCAAUAAUAUGAGAAAGUUAAUGGCUAACGAGGGUAAUUUGAUACUAUCAGAUGUAGGAUUGCCAGAGAAACGAACAUACCAUGCAGCUCUCAAUGGUUUUUUAUGUCAAAGAUAAUUUGGGUUCGCCUCUGUAUAUUCAUUGUCUUGUCUUUUAUUUAAGGAAGUUAUAGGGGAAAAAAAAGAAGAAAAUAUACAUUAAGUUAUUAGUGCAUUCUCACAAUGCCCUCUAAUGAGAAUGCUGAAUUUUGGGUUUCUGAUGAUACUUUGGUAAAGAGGUGGCAAACAAGCGCUCAUUACCAUCAUUCUCUCAUCAUUUCGAGGGUUUCGAGAUCCAGGAUGUUUUUAUAUCAAGUGAAAAAGCCUCAUGUCUUGUUAUGGAGUGGGGGUUGUUUUGCUUUGAUUCUCUCUAAGGAUCCUUCCAAUGCGGAAAAAAACAUCAAUGUUAGUUAUAACGAAGUAGCUAACAUAUAAAGCAGUUUUAAGGUAAGAGACCCUCUUGGUCGGGUAUAGGAUACAAAGAGCAUUCCACUGUUUUUUGGGGGUACGGGUUCAUGUAUCUUCUACUUCAUAUUAAAUUGACUUGUCAUAUUGUUAAUUGUUGUUAUACUAGCAUUAACCAGCCUACAGUGUAUAAAAUAUAUAGGCUUAUGACUUUUGUGGGUCUCCCUACUAUUAUUGAUUAUUCACACCCUUAUACCAUUCAA